AUGAAUAUGAAUUAUUAUAAUAAAUAUAAGAAAUUUCGACUUAUCCUUUUUUGUCUUAUAUUUUUUUCAUAUUGCUUAAUAGUACAAGUUAUAUAUUGCCUAAAGAUAAGAACAUCAUAUAAACAUGAACCGUUGUUAUUAUUAAAAAGUGAUGAUGAGCCUAUAAUUUCUUUAAAUAAAAUGAUUCCUUAUUUAUCUGAAGAGGUUUCUAUAAGUAAAGAUAAUAUUAUGACAAAAAUAAAUGUGGAAAAUAAUAUAUGUAUCGAAUUAAUAAAAAAACAUGAAAACAUAAAUUUGCCUAUAGAAAAAUUUUUUCAUUUUAAUAAUAGAGAAUAUACUAUAGAUAUAGGAAAUAAUAAUAAUAUAUAUAAUUAUACAAAACGUAUUUUGAAUAAUAAAAUAGAUUUUGAAUUAUGUAAUAAAAUAUUAAUAUUUAUCAUUCCUUUUAAUAAGGAUAUGUGUUCUUUUACUUCUUAUAAUAAUUAUUUUUUAUAUAUAAAUUAUUUAAAAGAUGUUAAAAUUGAAUUAAUAAUAAGUGCAUUAGAAAAAUCUAAAUUUGUAUUUCUUAAAAUACCAAAAAUAUUUAAUUUAAAUACAACAAAUGCUAAUUUUAAUGAUAACGAUUAUAUUAUAGAAAAAGGAAUAUUAGAAAAUGAUCUUAUUAAAAUUGAUAUAACAAAAAUUAUUCACCGUUAUAUAUGUAAAAAAUACUCUCUAUAUAAAUCUGAUGAAGAAAUAAAUGAUGAUGAUAAUAAUGAUAAUAAUGAUAAUCUAGGACAAACAAAAAAUAAUAACUCCAAUAAUGAUAUAUCAGAAAAGGAAAUAAAAAUGGUUCUCAUGACAUCACACACCUUAAGUGAUAUUAUCAUCUUCCCCUCUCUUCUUCAAAAUGUCCAGUCAUUAAAGCAUUACAAAAAUAUUAAAAAUGUUGUAAAAUUAAAAAAAAAAAUAAAAAAAAGGUAUACAGAAUGGGAAAAUUGGUCUCCUUGUUACAACGUAUGUAAUAACAAUUUUUCUUAUAAAUGUAGAUAUUAUAAAUGUCCUACAGAAAAUAAAGAAUUUUGUGACCAAAAUUUUCAUAUGAAUUUUUCAGAGUGUCCAUUUACAUCUUGUGAAGAUCCAAUAAAAAAAAAUGAUGAAGAGGGAAAAAAAGAGGAAAAAAAGGAUAAAAACAAAUCAAUCAUUAUAAAUCAUGAGAAUAAUAGAGAUCAAGAAGGACCCAUAGAUGAUGAAACCAUGCUCAGAUAUAGAAAAAAUAAAAAAAUUAGUUUUUUUAUGUGGAUCAUAAAUAAUAAAAAAUUGUCUCUUGGUUUAUUGAUAUUUUUUAUAUCAGUCAUAGUCCUUACCUGCAUAUAUUGCUAUAUAAAUUCAACACUCGGUUUUUAUAAUGAUGAAGAAUAUUACGUGUCAAAAUAUACAUAA